AUGAUGACGCCAAUGAUGACGUCAAUAAUGGCUGCAAUGAGCUUAUUUAAGGGAAAGUACUUGUACAAAGCGAUGAUGCCGAAUUCGCCAUGGGGAGAACACGAGAUGGAUUAUGUGCUCAUCCUUCGUAACUUCGAUCUGUCACGGAUAGAAGUAAACGCGGAGGAAGUUGAAAAUUAUGCAGUUGUAUCGUUGGAAGAGUUGAAGAAACGCCUGGCGAAUCCAAACUGCAACUUCACGCCUUGGUUUCCGAUCGUAAAAGAAAAAGAAGGAGGACAAUUAAUUGGAACAGAGGUUUUGGCACUAGCUCUACGAGCAAUCUCCUUUUCUUGUUUGAUGACGUAUCGGGAAAUGCGACGAGCCGGAUUUGUUGUUGUUCGGAAAAGGUUGCAUCCUACAGAACCGGUUGCACAGACGCAAGCGACACCAUCGAUAAGUUACUUUGACGAGAAAGCCAAUAAGCCUUCGACAUCCGAGCCCACCAUCAAUAUUUUAGCUGAAACAAAGAAAUCGCCUUCAGAACCUGCAAAUGCCUCCUUGUCUCUGAAGCCUUUUUCAUCGACAGUGCUUGAUAUGUUUCCGACGCUUGAAAAUGGCAAAAUGAAAAUGAUUCACCUGGCGAUGGAUCAAAAUUUAUCACCAAUACAUGAGCCUAUUUCAUCUAGAAUAAUCUCACCGAAUGUAAUACGGCUAGCUCAAGAUAUGAUGAAACGUCUCUCGACACCUUUAGCGCCGAGGUUUUGGCCAAACUUGGAGGAGCUCGCGACUACAGCUUCAACAUGGAGUGAAUAUCGCGAAAAAUUCAAGAAAACAAUGGAGAUGAACGAACAACGGGCAUUUAAUAGAUUCAACUCUUUCAAGAGUCCAUUUCAAAUGUCAAGAGGAGGACCGGCACCUCGACGUGGUUUCUCUCGAUCUCCAUUUCAUGCAAACACAUCCUACACACCACGGCCAUUUCAACGAACGCCACUGAUGCCAAAAGUAAAACAGCAAAUGGGAGUGGAGUACGACAUUUACAAGGCGGGCACAUUUAUGCACACAGUUGUGACGACUCCAUUUAUGCGAAUGACUGUACUUGAAUCAAGUUGUGGGAACGUGCUAUCAAGUGCCAAUCCGGAUCCAAAGGUUCGCUCGAUUUUCGCCAUGGUUUCAGCCGACUCUGUCAUCACCUACAUUGAACACUCGAACAAUCCGAUAACACUUCAAGAGAUGAAAAAGUUUGUUCAG